AUGAAGAGGGGCAAGCGCCCUGUACACGGUCUCAUCUUCUGGUAUCAUGUCCGCAAGACACGCAAGAAGAGUGCGACUUGCCAGUUUGGAGGAAACAAUCAACCGACGCCACAUGACCCCGUCCUACGACAAGUCUGUGUUCAGGCCAUGCUCUACUUUGCCAUUUACCUAAACAGCUUCUUCUGGCCCUUUCUCGGAUCCAUCUUGUCCAAUGUAUUGUACUCGCCGGCAGAAGUGCAUAAAAAAAAGUUGACCAAGGCAUCAGCAAUGCCACCAAUAAUGGCGCCAAUCUGCCAGUCGAGCUCGAUCAAGCCAAUCCAUCCGACGAACCAAGCACAGUCGAGCACAACGUGGAAAACGUAUGCCCGUUGACUCCGUCCGACCAGAAUGAAAGCGAACCUCCC